AGAAGCAAGGUCCACCAGGAAGCAUCAUCAGUAAUGUAGAGCAUAGUUCAAAUUUCUGGUCCAGUUAUCCGUCUAUUUAUAUCAACAACACGUCUUCAACUUUAAGAAUGCACAGAGUACAGAUUUUAUCUGGACAUCUGUCGUCAAAUAGACGUGUGGCUAUGAGACAGUGCAGCGCAUCAGCUGCUGAUCCAAAUGAUAUCGUUGUAGUUCAUGGGUUACGAACGGCGAUCGGCCGGGCGAAAAGAGGCUCGUUUAAGGACACUACCCCAGAUGAGCUUCUCAGUGCUGUAAUGAGUAAAGUCCUCAGGGAUGUUGGACUGCCACCUGCUUCACUGGGGGAUGUAUGUGUUGGUAAUGUUCUUCAACCUGGGGCUGGUGCACUUAUGGCUCGUGUCGCCCACUUUCUCAGUGGUUUUCCCGAGUCUGUACCAGUCUACACGGUGAACAGGCAGUGUUCCUCUGGACUACAGGCACUUUUUAAUGUCGCAGGUGGAAUCAGAAAUGGUGCAUAUGACGUGGGUCUUGCCUGUGGUGUGGAGAGCAUGUCACUUCAAUCAGUGGGAAACCCAGGGAACAUUAGCCCUCGACUGAUGGACAAUGAGAAGGCCAGAGACUGUAUAAUCCCCAUGGGAAUAACAUCAGAGAACAUUGCCGAGAGAUUUGGUAUCAACAGAGAAAAACAGGACAGCUUUUCCGUCAGUUCCCAACAAAAGGCAGCCAUGGCCCAGAAACAGGGCAUAUUUGAUCAAGAGAUUACACCGGUCACAACUAAAAUUGUGGAUGAAAGUGGCACUGAGCGCACCAUUACUGUCACAAAGGAUGAUGGGAUCCGGCCUGGCACUACGCUAGAAGGCCUUGCCAAACUGCGUCCAGCAUUCAAGGAAAACGGCAGCACUACAGCUGGUAAUGCCAGUCAGGUGAGCGAUGGCGCUGCAGCAGUGCUAAUAGGACGGAGAUCUACGGUGGAGAAACUGGGACUGCCUGUUCUUGGGGUGCUGAGGGCAAGCGCUGUGGUGGGGGUGCCACCGGACAUAAUGGGCAUUGGACCAGCCUAUGCUAUCCCGGAAGCCCUUAACCAAGCAGGGCUGACUGUUGAUGAUAUUGACGUGUUUGAGAUCAAUGAAGCCUUUGCUAGUCAGGCUGUGUAUUGUGUGGAAAAGCUUGGCAUCCCUAUGGAGAAAGUGAAUCCUAAUGGAGGGGCUAUUGCAUUCGGUCAUCCUCUGGGCUGCACUGGUGCUCGACAGGUCGUGACCCUGCUGAAUGAACUCAAGCGCAGACGCAAAAGAGGGUAUGGUGUGGUGUCCAUGUGCAUUGGGACUGGAAUGGGAGCUGCUGCAGUUUUUGAAUACCCUGGGCAGUGAUUAAAGCCUCAAAAAGAUCUUAAAAGAUGCAAAUCACGCAAGGCAAAGAAACGAAGAGUCACAAAUUAUUUUUUUAAUCAAGCUGCUAAACACUACCUGUAGCACACAAACAGACAGAGCAGUAUUGUGCAUCACUGGGUAAUGCCUUACUACUGCAGAUGUUGAUAAUAACAUUGCAAAUCUGUUUAAAGUGCCUUGUGUUUUAACUGUAAUGAUAACAGAUGAUGGAAAUCGACUGUAUUUGCGUGAGAGCAAAAAUACCAUAGUAGUAUCUGUAUUAAGGCAUAUUUCAUUUGUGUCCUUUGAUUUAUGACACAUUAAAUAAAUCUGAAUAUUAACGCUUAAUA